AUGAAUGAUAGGCAACCUUUAUUAAAUACCACCAAUAAAUUAUCGAUUGGUGACGAUGAUACUAAUAAUGGAAGUAAGAAACAACUUUUGAUAAAUAGUUUUUCUGAUUGGCGCCGAUGUUUCAAUAGAAAAGACAGCGAGAAUCAAUACAUAGAACUAGAUGAUGACACUGAACAUAAUGACAAAGAUAAACCAGUUGGUGUUUUUCGUUUAUUUCGAUUUGCAAACCGUAUCGAUUUUCUUCUGAUGUUUAUUGCUAUGAGUUUGAUGUUGGUGCAAACGGCUUGCAUUUUGGUUAAUCAAAUUCUUGUCGGUCGGCUCACAGGGUUAUUUGCUAUUUUGUCAUUUGGUGAUGAUUGUGAUCAUGAACAGCAAAAUUUUACAGCUCCAAUAAAGACCAAUAAUAGAUAUUCUCAUGGCAUCAACCUCAAUAUAUUCAACAAUGCUCUGCCACAUAAACUAUACUAUAAUAGUCCUCUAAUUUUAUCAUCAACUUUAUCUACAUCAAUGUCUUCAUUUCGAGAACAAGUUAUGAAAAUAAUUUGCUGGUUAUUCAUUGUCGGCACCAUCGAAUAUCUGGCUGACUUUAUUAAAAAUUUCAUUUGGAGCAUUAGUAUGAAACGACAGAUAUAUCGUAUGAGUGUUUCCCUCUUCCAAUCACUUGUUCAACGUGUAAGUCAAAUACACUUCCAUUUACAAAAAGGAGCUCCAAAGGUUAAUUCUAGUCUUAUCUUAGUGUUUCGUUAA